CAAUGCUCAUCAUGGGUUUUACCCUGCAACAGGUUGCAGAACACAGCACAGCUAGUUCCUGUUGGGUCAUCAUAAAGGACCGCGUAUACGACGUUACAGAUUUCCUUUCGGAACAUCCGGGAGGUGCCCAAAUUAUACUAAAAUAUGCCGGAAAGGAUGCUACAUUAGCCUACGAGCCGAUUCACCCACCCGAUGCACUGGAGAAGAAUCUCCCACCGUCCAAGCAUCUGGGGACUCUGAAUACUGAUGUGGCCCUUCAAAUGGAAGAACUACGAAUCCACAGGAUGAAAACGAAAGACGAGCUGAGAGUAGAACAGGCUCUUAGGGAAAGACCCCCCCUCAACCAUAUAUUGAGCUUGUCCGAUAUGGAGGCUGUCGCACGACAUAUUUUAUCGUUAAAAGCGUUAUCAUACUAUUCUUCAGCUGCUGAUGACAACAUAUCUUGUGAAGAAAACGCUAUCGCAUUCAGAAGGUUCUUCUUCAAUGCUCGGGUUAUGCGGCCUGUGCUUCAUUGUGACCCUUCUACAACCAUCCUGGGCUACAAAUCAUCCAUUCCUGUCUUCGUAUCCGCAGCUGCUCUAGCCAAGCUUGGACAUCCGCUUGGUGAGAUAAACAUAACGAGAGCUGCACAUAAAGCGUCUAUCAUACAGAUGGUGUCCUCAAACGCGUCACUUUCUUACGCAGAAAUCGCUUCCGCUGCAAGCUCUUCGCAGCCCUUAUUUUUCCAGUUUUAUAAAUCUAGUGAUAAUGCCGUAGCAGAACAACGGAUUCGCGAAGUUGAAAAACUUGGUUAUAAGGCCAUUUGGUUGACCGUGGAUGCUAUUGUCGCUGGCAAAAGAGAGAUAGAUAUCAAGAGUCCUUGGGAGUUGGAAACCAUAGAGAAUGGGAAGCCAACAUACCACUCUGACCUUGAUGGUCUGGAGCUCGUCGAUGAAACAGGUACCGCAGGUGCUUUGGUUAGCAAAGAUGACCAAGAUAUGACCUGGGAAAAGACGAUCCCUUGGCUCCGAAGCCUCACCAAGUUACCAAUUGUCAUCAAAGGUAUACAAUCUGUAGAGGAUGCCAUAUUGGCGGCGGAUGCUGGCGUGGACGGUAUUCUUUUAUCGAAUCAUGGUGAAGUUCUGUAUAGACUUCGGCAACACCGACCCGACGUUUUCGACAAGUUAGAAGUUUAUAUUGAUGGUGGCAUUCAACGUGGUACUGACGUUGUAAAGGCCCUUUGCCUUGGUGCGAAGGCUGUUGGCAUGGGACGUCCGUUUCUCUAUGCUCAAAGCGCUUAUGGUGAGAUUGGUGUCUUGAAGAUUCUAAAGAUCCUAGAAAAAGAAAUCGUGACGGCAAUGAAACUUGUUGGUGCAGCUAGCGUCAAAGAUUUGACACCAGACUUGGUGAGUGCCUUGGUUUGGGAUACCAAACAAUGA